UCGGACGCGGAGGGCUAGGCCGCCACCGCGAGCCCAGUCGCCCGAUACGCGCCUUGGGGUCCGGGUCGGCUUUCACCCGGACCCCUGGCCGGAAACUGAGCCGUUUACUUCCGCCACCAGCCGGAAGUUUUCUGUCACUGGACGCCAAGGAGUUUUCGGUGGCUCAGCUGGGUAACCGGGGCUCACCAUGGCGGCCUCAUUGGUGGGGAAGAAGAUCGUGUUUGUCACGGGGAACGCCAAGAAGCUGGAGGAGGUCAUUCAGAUUCUAGGAGAUAAGUUUCCAUGCACUUUGGUGGCACAGAAAAUUGACCUGCCGGAGUACCAGGGGGAGCCGGAUGAGAUUUCCAUACAGAAAUGUCAGGAGGCAGCUCGCCAGGUACAGGGGCCCGUGCUGGUUGAGGACACCUGUCUGUGCUACAACGCCCUUGGAGGGCUCCCCGGCCCCUACAUAAAGUGGUUUCUGGAGAAGUUAAAGCCUGAAGGUCUCCACCAGCUCCUGGCUGGGUUCGAGGACAAGUCAGCCUACGCGCUCUGCACGUUUGCACUCAGCACCGGGGACCCAAGCCAGCCCGUGCGCCUGUUCAGGGGCCGGACCUCGUUUUAGACGGAGCCAAUCUCUUCUGUCUGCUUAGUCCAUGGGGCAUUUGUCAAGCUAGUCCAGGAGGCGAUGUGAGCCCCAGGUGUUCCUGCUGACCACUGUUGCCACGCACAGGGCGCUCCCCUGAGCCAAUAUUCCCUGUUGUCGGCUGCCACUGUGAGACCCUGACCAACAACAAAUGACCAAGCCAGAAACACUGCACCUUCUCCCUCCAUCAAACCACUCCCGCCCCGUGUCCUGCCAUCGGCAGUCCUCCCACCUCCCUCCAUCCACGCCAGUGCUGCCCCCGCCCUAUAAAAUCCAGGAUCCGCACAACACAUGGGAUGGUUCAUAAGUGCUCCACACGGGGCCUCGGCCUCCCGGCAGGCAGCUUUCAUCUGAGAGUCACAGGGCCCUUUGCUGUCACCCUGAUGGUCCCUCCCGCCCCACUGCUCUCCACCAGCCACAGCGCCUCAGUGGCCCCAAGCCCUCGCUCCUCUGGACCCUCGCAUAUGCUAUUCCCAGAACGCUUUCCCUGCAGGUCCUGGAAAAAUGGCCAUGCAAAGGCCUCCUGGAUCUUCCAUGUUUCACUGUUGGGCCAGUACCCACUGUGUGACGUUGGAGGUGACAGCCCACAGGAGGCAUUCCAUAGACUCGGUCCCUUGCAUUCCACUUCCCCAGGGAGGGCUUCCCCUCCCCACAGUGUGGGUGGGGUGGCAGUAGCAGAGACAGAGGUAGCACAUAGGAGCCUAGAAACAGGAGCUUUAUUC